ACACCCGUGUCUGUACGCCACCCAGUUGCUUCUCUGUGUACUCUCCAACUCAUCACCGGCUCCAUCCUUGUCCUACACUGACCUCGUCCCCAUCCCGCAACCGCAAGCAACCACCGAUCCAGCCCGUUCGGCCUUUCGGCGAAUGGUGACGAACCAGGACGCGGAGGCGGCAUCGGCGGCAGCCCCGGGGCCAGGGGCGACGGUGGACCCGAUGCGCCUAGCGUCGCGGUGGCGGUCCCAGACGGAGUGGGACCGCGCGGUGCCGGAGCUGGAGGCUGAGCCGGAGCCGUCCGAGCUCAACACCGUCAACAGUUCGGGACUCUUCUCCGUCGUCUCUACGGACAAGUUGUCCGUGAAAUACCUCGGCAGCCAUCACCACGGCCACGACGUCGGUGUCGUGCAGGCCGACCGCCCCGCUCCCACGCGCCGGGCCGUGUACUACUUCGAGAUGGCCGUCAGGAACGCGGGAUACAAGGGGCAGACAUCCAUAGGGUUCACGAGCGAGAGCUUCAAGAUGAGGCGACAACCGGGUUGGGAGUCAAACAGUUGUGGAUACCAUGGUGACGACGGCCACCUUUACCGGGGUCUAGGGAAAGGCGAACCGUUUGGGCCAAAAUUCACAUCUGGUGACAUAAUUGGCGCUGGCAUCAACUACUUGUCACAGGAGUUCUUCUUCACGAAAAAUGGAGCUCCGGUUGGAGCCAUUCCAAAAGAAAUUAAAGGCCCACUAUAUCCUACAAUUGCAGUUCAUAGUCAGGGUGAAGAGUUGACUGUAAACUUUGGAAAGGAACCAUUCUGUUUUGACAUUGAGGGUUAUAUUCUUGAAGAGAAAAUGAAGCAGCAAUCGGUGUCUGAUAAAUUGAACUUGGAGACGGACAUCAGUCAUUGGAUUGUCCGCUCAUAUCUCCUACAUUAUGGAUACCAAGAUACAUUAAAUGCUUUUGAUAUGGCAAAUGCAACUGACCCCCCCACCAAUCGCCAAAAUGGUCAUGCAGAACCUCCCGAAACGUAUGGUCUUAGCCACAGAAAACUUUUGCGUCAGCUUAUCAUGAGUGGAGAUAUUGACUCUACAUUCAAAAGACUUGGGGAGUGGUAUCCACAAGUGAUAAAGGAUGAGAAAUCGGUUAUUUGCUUACUACUCCAUUCUCAAAGAUUCAUAGAAUAUAUCAGGGCUGAACAACUGGAAGAUGCUGUGCACUAUGGUCGUGCUAACCUGGCAAGCUUCUUGACACACGAAGCUUUUGAGUGGCUGCUGAAGGAUAGUGUGGCCCUGCUGGCGUACGAGAAGCCUGCAGAAUCAUGCUUGGGAUACCUGAUGGGCUCUCCCCAGCGUGAAUUCGUGGCAGACGCAGUGAACGCGGCUGUCCUGUCGACGAACCCCACCAUGAAGGACCCUGAGAGCUGCCUCUACUCGUGUCUCGAGAGGCUACUAAGGCAGCUCACAGUUUGUAGCCUUGAGCGACGUGCAUUCAACAACGACCAAGGAGAUGCAUUCUUACUCCACAAAGAAAUGCAAAACUAUGAAAGGUCUAGGCGCUCAUAGCCUCAUAGGCAUCAGGAUUGUUGCGCUUCUGAAGUAAACUCGGUUCGGGUGUUAGACCUCCUCAUCUGCCGUUUGAAGGGACGAAGAUUCAAUGACAAGCACGUAUCCUUCCCUUUGCAGGUCUGCAGCGCCCCUCAGCUUUCGCAAGGGUGAGCACCGAAUUGCAUGGACACAGCUCAGGCGCUUCGGGAGGUGUUCUAACCUCUCUGUAAUCAGAAAACUCACAGUGAGAUAAAGCCAACGUUUCAGAUUUCCCCUAUUUUGUUGGUUGGCUAAUAUGCUGUUUGACACUAUGAAUGCUAAAAAGUAAAGACGCUUCGACAUA